AUGUUGAACGAUGAUAUGGACCCUAUUGCUUUUUUCGAUCAUCUCGCUGCUACUUCACAGUCUUCCAAUGAGGAUGAGAUGCAGUUAUCUUACGGAGGAGUAGCUGAUAAACAGCAGCAUGAUCACAGUAAACAGCUCUUGAACAGUCGUUCGCUAGAAACUAUCAAGCCACUCAGAAAAGAGGAGGAAGAGCAAGAAGAAGACCCAGUACGGCCAUCGUUAUCACUUCAGCAACAUCCAAACAACUUUGCUUCGAAAUGGCUCGAGUUGGUAUCAAGCUAUAGGCUAGAAAAAGAAGCUCUGAGUCAACACUUGAAAGAUCAACUGAUUGCAUUAGAGGAAAUAGAAGAGCAUUUCGACAAAGCCAACAUUGAUUUACAUUCCAAAAUAGAGAAUUCAUACCAUCAACUAUCGAAACACAUUGCUGAUCAUCAGCAACACAUCAUCGUUGAGAAGCAGCUGUUUCAUAAAGAGCAAAGCAUCAUAAAAGAGAUCAAACGAUUCCAGGAUGAAAAGAUCAAGCUCAAUGUUGGAGGACAGUUGUUUGAGACUUCACUGACAACGCUACGGAAAGAUCCCAAUUCCAUGUUGGCCUCCAUGUUCUCUGAGGAUAGGACUAUUCAGCCCGAUGCUGAUAAUUCAUACUUCAUAGACAGAGAUGGCACCUACUUUAGAUUAGUCUUGAACUAUUUGCGUGAUUUGAGGAUACCUGCGGGCAUUAUUGAUGACCCCAAAAUUAUGGAUGAAUUGAUGCAAGAGGCAAGGUUCUACAGACUGAAUGAUUUACUCAAAUUAAAGUGGAAUAAUCUGCCUGUCAUCACACAAGAUGAAUUGCACCAUUUGUAUCCACCUCCGCCGAGAAAUGCCAAUGAAAUCAUGAUUUACAGACCUACCGUGUUCCAACUGCAGAAGACGAACCUCUCUAACCUAGACUUUUCGCAUUACCAUAUAGAUCCGAGAUCUUGCUUCAAGGAUAGCUACCUGGAGAACUGCAAAUUCCACAAUGCCAAAUUUGGAUUCGAUUUUGAUCAUCAAGUGGAUUUUACGUACACGUAUCUAAUAGAUGCGACAUUUCCAAAGGAAGGAACAAACAACAGAGCAUCAGGAGUAGAAAUCAAGCUGGAGGGAGCGAUCUUGAGCGAGCAUGUCGAGGACAUGUUUGUUUAA